ACCCGUGGCAACCCGAGUGUUCUUUUUUAAAACCCCUUAAGCCUUGAACACUUUGUCUUUUCAUUCUCUUUAAACUAAUCUUCUCUCUUUGUGUAGUCACUAACUGUUCUCUUCUUUAUAUAUCUUUCUUUGUCUAGUUUGCUUGAUCUUCCCUUGGAUCAUUUUUACUCUUCCACGAUGGAGAAUGGUUUCACUUCUUCUCCUCGAAACGACACGUUUAACCCUGCUGGUCUUCGUGUUCUCGUGGUUGAUGAUGACCCAACUUGGCUUAAAAUCCUUGAAAAGAUGCUCAAAAAGUGUUCUUAUGAAGUAACCACGUGUGGUUUAGCCCGAGAUGCCUUAAGCUUGCUUCGUGAGAGAAAGGACGGUUAUGACAUCGUAAUUAGUGAUGUUAAUAUGGCUGGUAUGGAUGGUUUCAAACUCCUUGAGCAUGUUGGCCUUGAAAUGGACCUUCCUGUUAUCUUGAUGUCUGUUGAUGGAGAGACAAGCCGUGUAAUGAAGGGUGUGCAACAUGGAGCAUGCGAUUAUCUUCUGAAGCCCAUACGAAUGAAAGAAGACACACAAAAUCACAACCCAAAUCGCUCAACUCUUACACUGUUACAAUAA